UCUAACCAAAUUUAUAUCUCUUCAAAAACCAAACCCUAAGCUUUUUACUUCCCUGCCAAAAAAAUCAGUAGCUGCUGCCGCCAUGGUUCUCAAGACUGAACUCUGCCGCUUCAGUGGGGCGAAGAUAUACCCCGGCAAGGGUAUCAGAUUUAUUCGCUCAGAUUCCCAGGUUUUCCUCUUUGCUAAUUCUAAAUGCAAGAGGUACUUCCACAACAGGCUGAAGCCCUCAAAGCUAACUUGGACAGCUAUGUACAGGAAGCAGCACAAGAAGGACAUUGCUGCUGAAACUAUUAAGAAGAGGCGUCGCACUACAAAAAAACCUUACUCAAGGUCCAUUGUAGGUGCUACUUUGGAGGUCAUACAGAAGAAGCGAACUGAGAAACCUGAAGUCCGUGAUGCUGCAAGAGAGGCUGCACUCCGUGAAAUUAAGGAAAGGAUUAAGAAAACAAAGGAUGAGAAAAAAGCCAAGAAGGCUGAGGUAAUGGCCAAGGCACAAAAGAGCAGCAAAGGUAGCCUGCCAAAGGGUGCUGCACCAAAGGGCCCCAAGCUCGGCGGGGGUGGAGGAAAGCGUUGAAAUCCCUUUUUUCUUUGUAGUACAAUCAACUCGCUGUUAAAAGAAUUUUGUAUCGGAGAUUUUACAUGGAUCAAGGUUGAUUGUUGCCAUUUUGUUCAUUAAGAGUUUACCGGCUUUUUCCCUCCCUUGUUAUCAAUUAGUAAUGGUUUGAUUGGAGAAAUUCGAUGAAUUUUAUCAUUAUGGCUGUGACUUGUGACCCGAGAGUUGAGAAUGGACUGGUUAUAUAUUCUUUUGGCGUGCCCACACUGCCAUUACUUUG